UCUGAGUUCCCCCAUGGCAUAAUCAAACUCUCUGAUCCACCCAACAUUUCGCGUCGCCCACAGAACCUACCCCUCCUAGCUAGGCUACAACUUCGGCAUCGGUCGGCGAUGGCUAAUCUGGCAGCAGGUGGCUACGUGUUCCAACCCACCGGCUGUGAGCUCGUCGGCUACUACCUCAUGCCCAGGGCGGAGCUCGGUGGCUUCUUCCUCCCCGGCGUCAUCGCGGAGGACGUGGACGUCUUGUCCUUGCGCCCACGCGUGCUCUCCUUCCCGAAAAACCACAGGAGGGAUUACGGCGAGGUAUGGGGCUUCUUCUUCGCGGCAAAGCCCGCCGGCGAGACGUGCCCAACGCCGGGCGCGGGCGGGUGCUGGGAGCAGUACGGCCAGGAGAAGGCAUACUACGACGGCGAGGGCAGUCGGGAGGCAGUGGCGUUCCGGCGCAGGUUCGCGUACCGCUACUCGUGGAGGGACGGGGAGGUAAUAUCGCAGACGCGCUGGCGGAUGAAGGAGUACUGGCUCAACAGAAACGCGGCCGCCUUCCGCCACGCGCACCCGGGCCCCGUGCCGCCGGACGUCGUCUUCGUAGUCCACAAGGUCUACAGGAAGCCGCUGAUCCCUCCGCCAUUGCCGCCCGACAGCAACUCCAGCGAGGACGAGGGCUCCGAGAGCUACAUCGUGUACCCGCAACUCGAUGAGAUCAUGCGGCGGUUAACGCUGGGGAACUAGGGCGGCCAAGGGGCGGUGCUCCUCCCCCUGCAGGAGUAGCAUUACGCCACUGCAUGUUGAUUUCUUCAGCGUUGUUGUGUGUGUCUCUUGUGUUUUCAGUUCUGGAUUGUGCCUUCGAUCAAGUUGAGGCAGAUUGCUUGUUGUAGUUCGUCGAUCGUUGUUUUAAUCAUUUCGGAGUUUUCUUCUGUUGCUUAGACAUAGCUUUAGUUUUGUAUGACUUUGCUAUGUUUGUGUGUGUAUGUUGGUGUGGCCGUGUGUACCCUAGCUAUGUAGAGGUUGUGAUUGUGCUCAUUGUGUUUGUAUUUUGUUGAUGCUUCAUUUGAGUCAAUAAAAAUCGUCAUUUGUCGAAAAAAUUAUGAUCCAUCUUCUUUGC